GGCUCAGCAUCCCGUCCUGCAGCGGACUGAACGGAGGAUACUGAACCGACAGCAUGUCCUGUCUCCAUAUCAGAGGGCUCUUUCUCACUCUGUGUUUGGCUCCAGCUGCUUUGUCGAGCCUGCACCCUGAAUGUGAGUUCAUAUUUCAGCUGGAGAAAGAGGAGCGUAAUUGCCUUCAGUACAUUGCAGAGCAGGGCAACAGAAGCACAGAAGGUUGUCCGCCAUUCUGGGACGCAGUCGUCUGCUGGCCUCAUGCAGUCGUUGGGGAAACCGUCCACAGAGCUUGUCCUAUGGUCUUCUCCCUCUUCAGAAACAACACAGGUUCAGUUAGCCGUAACUGCACAAGUGGAGGUUGGUCCAGACCUUUACCACCGUACCACAUCGCCUGCAGUGUGGAUGAUGACAUUCCCGAGGCAGAGCAGUCAUACUUUGCCACAGUGAAGGUGAUAUACACCAUCGGCUACAGCAUCUCUCUAGUGGUGCUGGCUGUUGCUGUGUUGAUCCUGCUGCUCCUCAGGAGGCUGCGUUGUGCCAGGAACUUCAUUCACAUCCAGCUCUUCAUCACGUUUAUCCUGAAAGCUGUGGCGGUGUUCAUAAAGGAUGCUACUCUGUUCUCAAAUGACGACACCAACCACUGCACUCUUUCCACAUUUGCCUGUAAGGCCUCUGUGGUCUUCUGUCACUACUGUGUAAUGGCCAAUUUUUUCUGGCUCCUGGUGGAGGCGCUCUAUCUCAAUUCCCUGCUGCUUUCAUCCUUUUAUUACAGCCGUCGAUGCCUCUGGGGCUUCAGCCUGUUGGGAUGGGGUGUACCUGUGCUCUUCAUCGUCCUGUGGAUUGGAUCCAGGGUGUAUUUUGAAGACACAGAAUGUUGGGACAUCAACGAGGACUCGCCCUAUUGGUGGAUCAUCAAGGGACCAAUUGUUGUGUCUAUAGUGGUCAACUUUAUGCUCUUCAUGAACAUCAUCAGAAUCCUGAUACAGAAGCUCAAUCCUCGGCUGAUCCAGUUCAAUAAUGCUUCACAGUACAGACGCCUGACCAAGUCCACUCUCCUCCUUAUCCCUUUGUUUGGUACUCACUACAUGUUCUUCAAUUUUCUGCCCGACUACUUCAAUGUUAACCUGCGCCUCUGUAUCGAGCUCUGCAUUGGAUCCUUCCAGGGGCUUCUUGUAGCAAUUCUCUAUUGCUUUCUUAAUCAAGAGGUCCAGAAAGAGGUCCACAUGCAGUGGCUGAGGUGGCAGGAGCGGAGCUAUGGUGUGGUGUCACCUGCUGCAAAGGGCAGCCAGAUGGACACACCCUUCUAGUGGUGUCCUGACAUGCCUUCACCCUCUUCCUAUAGGUCUUCUGCUAACAACAUGAACAUUCACAGAGGAUUGCUUCUGUGCACAUCAUCGUCACUAAUGGGCUGUACAGUACACACCAGUGGUUGUCGGUCAUGCACCACUGAAGCCUGAGUCUGUAAAGUUUUCAUUCCAAACUCUACGACAGACUGUUUUACUGGCUGCACUCCUUCAGCCAGAAUUGAGGAACUGAGAUGAACUUUCCAACGGAGAAUGAUUCUGAAAUCUCAUGACAUUUUACACACACAUUUCAAGACAGAUCCUGCCAAUCUCAUAUGCAUAUCCCAUAGGACACUGUGGCAACAACUUUAGAAAGAUCAGCUUCAAGAUUUCCUUUGAGGCCUCACUGGUCAAAUUAAAAUAUGAUAAUUUAGCUGAGUUGUAAGCUUAGCCUAACGAACCAUCAAUUAGCAAGUACAUUUAUUUUACCUGAUAUAAAAAACAACACGCUAACUUGUCAAGUGUACAUUUUAAUAUACUCACUAUGUACACACUCAAGUCAGAUACAGUAUAUUGAAACUUGAUAUCAUUUAUCACCGAUGCUGUAGUGCAGCCUGUAGAAUAUGUGACAUUCCAGACUUUUUGUUAUGGAGCUGUAGCCAAGUGACUCACAAAUGAGACAUCACUCAGCUGACUCACAUGACAAUUCUUUCAUAUUAUUGGUUGGUAUCAUAAUAUUAUAUUACACAAUCCAUAUUAUAUUAUUCAUAUUAUCUCAGACUGUGGGAAGCACUGAUUGAUCGUUAUGACUUGCUCAGCACAUGGGGAACUGUAAUGUUGUGGGGUGCAGCUUAAUGAAUGAAUAUCUUAAAGUCUACUCAUGCUAAGCAGUGACAUUAGCUGCUACAGUGUGUGAGAGUUUUUUUGUGGAAUGAAAACCUGCACACUCUUGAACGUCAAUGGCACACGGUUGGAAACCACUUCACUGUAUACUUUAAAGGUUAAAACCAAUGCAGCGUGUUGUGUUCUGUCAUGUCAUGUGGUCGACUCCACCAGUAUUAAGGAAAUCUCUGCAUCUCCACUGCCAUCUGUGAUUCAGCAAACUUUAUCAUGGUAAUAAUUCUAAAUUGUUUUAAUAUCAGUAUAUAACUUUACCUGUUAAUGUAUCAUACAGUGCUUUCACCUGCAUGGUUAUAUAAAGAAUGGACAAAACGGGAUAUAUGAUUCUCAUAAUUACCAUAUUUGUGUUAGAUCUCUUUUUGUGAGAAAUUUGGAUUAGUGUUUGUAUUAUUUGUGUUAUAACUUCAUAGAACUAUUUCAGCAAGAUAAAGGAUCAUGCAAAAUAUUGUCCACAAUCCUCUUGUCACAAUGAAGUUUCUUUUAUGUAAAUGAAACAUUUGCCUUAAACUGAAUGUGUAAACUAGUCCCUGUCAGUUAGUCACUUUUCUCUGUUGCAUUUGGAUGUUGCUACUUCUCUUGUGCCUCUUUCUGUGAUGUUUUAAUGCCUUAUGAGAGUAACAGGUUCCUGCAAGUUCUGCUUCAUUAUGGCUCUCUGCAACCUCUUUCACAAAAUGAAGAUAUCAUCAACUGGCAGCUACACAAUGUCAAAUCAGUGAUAAAAGAUAAAGCCAGGAAAGUCUUUGUGGCUACAUCUAAUACAAAUACAAUCUUGAUACAAUAUGUGCUGAUGCUAUAACUGUAUGUCAUUAUAA